AUGUUCUCGGUGAUCGAAGGAUUGGCUGAUGGUGGUGUGAAAGUUGGACUUCCAAGAGAUCUCGCUAUCAAACUUGCAGCUCACACACUUUAUGGAGCAGCAAAAAUGGUUUUGGAGACAGGUGAAUUUCAGAAAAAAUGAAAAUGAAUCAUAAUAUUUUUAUUCAGGAAUCCACCCAGCACAAUUAAAAGAUGAUGUUCAAAGUCCAGGAGGUUCUUCAAUCUACGGAGUUCAUAAAUUGGAAACUGGUGGUUUGAAAGGAAUUCUGAUAGAUGCGGUUGAAGCAGCUACCAAUAGAUCAAAAGCCACCGGAGACAAAGCACUUCCAAGAGAUUUCCGAAAUACUGAAAUGUAAACAUUUAUUUUUUGAACCCUUUGUUAUUUUCCUCCCUGAAAUUAUGUAACUAUUGCUUGCACCCUUUUCCCAAUUCAGUUUCAUUUUUUUUUAUUUUUCAAAAAACCCACACCUGAAAAUCUGCUCAAAACCAAUAAAUUAUUGUUUUUUUAGAGUUAGAAAUUGUUUAUUGUUGUUUGUUUUUUCUUGAUUUGUUUUUAUUUCAGAGAUCGACGGGUGGAAGCAGAGACAAAAAAGGAGAAAACAACACAGUAG